GGUGCUGCCUUCAUUUCCCAUCGUGCUGAGGCGGGUGGCAUGGCGGAGAAGGAUGACACCCGAGUUUGACGAAGAGGUGGUUUUUGAGAAUUCUCCACUUUACCAGUACUUGCAGGAUUUGGGACACACAGAUUUUGAAAUAUGUUCUUCUUUGUCACCAAAAACAGAAAAAUGCAUAGCGUCAGAGGGACAUCAGAAGCCUCCCACCAGAGUACACCCAAAAAAAGGCAUCCUGUUAAAACUGGCAGAAACCAUCAGAAGUUGGAUUUUUCAUUCUCAGCGCAGUAAGAAAGAUGCCUUACUUCACAAGUUGGAUACUGGAUUCCGACUGGACUCACUGCAUACCAUCCUGCAACAGGAAGUCCUGUUACAAGAGGAUGUGGAGUUAAUUGAGCUACUUGAUCCCAGUAUCCUGUCUGCAGGGCAACCUCAACAACAGGAAAAUGGACACCUUCCAACACUCUGCUCCCUGGCAACCCCUAAUAUUUGGGAUGUCUCGGUGUUCGUCGCCUUCAUUAGUUUGUUCCUUAUGCUUCCCACGUGGUGGGUUGGGUCUUCGUGGCUGCUGUGGGGAGUGCUUCUGUUUGCUUAUUUGAUCACUCGAGCUUUGAAAUUGUGGAGGACAGUCAAACUGCAAAUGACUCUGAAAAAAUACAUUGUUCGUUUGGACGACAUGGCAACAAAUAGCCGAGCAUUCACUAACCUUGUGAGAAAAUCUUUACGUCUCAUUCAAGAGACUGAAGUCAUUUCCAGGGGAUUUACUCUUUUGCUUGACAGGGUCAGUGCCGCUUGCUCAUUUAAUAAAGCCGGACAGCACCCCAGUCAGCAUCUCCUCGGUCUGCGGAAAGCCGUCUACAGGACCGUAAGAGCCAACUUCCAAGCAGCAAGGCUAGCUACGCUACACAUGCUGAAAAACUACCCCCUGAACUCUGAGAGUGACAAUGUUACCAACUACAUCUGUGUGGUGCCUUUUAAGGAGCUGGGCCUUGGACUUAGUGAAGAACAGAUUUCGGAAGAGGAAGCCCAUCACCUUACUGAUGGCUUCAGCCUGCCAGCGUUGAAGGUUUUAUUCCAACUGUGGGUGGCACAGAGUUCAGAGUUCUUCAGACGCUUAGCCCUGUUGCUUUCUACAGCCAGUUCACCUCCAGGGCCCUCACUGACUGAAGCGCUUUUGCCUCAUCGUAUUUUGUCUGAUGUGACUCGAGGUCUACCUCAUGCCCAUAAUGCCUGUUUGGAGGAGCUUAAGCGCAGUUAUGAGUUCCAUCGCUACUUUGAAACUCACCACCAGGCUGUGCCCCCGCGUUUACCCAAAACUCAGCAGAAGUCAAGAGAACUGAAUAAUGUUCACACAGCAGUGCGUAGCUUGCAGCUCCAUCUGAAAGCAUUGCUCAAUGAAGUAAUAAUUCUUGAAGAUGAACUCGAAAAGCUCGUUUGUACGAAGGAAGCGCAGGAAGUGGUGUCCGAGGCUUACCCAGUACUGGAGCAGAAGUUAAAGCUGAUUGAGCCCCAUGUUCAAGCCAGCAACAGUUGCUGGGAGGAGGCCAUUUCCCAAGUGGACAAGCUACUACGGAGAAAUGCAGAUAAAAAAGGCAAGCCUGAAGUGGCGUGUGAAAACCCGCACUGCACGGCGGUCCCUCUGCUGCGGCCUACUCUGCACAUUGCAGACGAAGACCCGGUCCCCGAGGAGCAGGAAUUGGAAGCUUACGUAGAUGACAUCGAUACAGAAAGUGAUUUCAGAAAGGAUGACUUUUAUUACUUGUCUCAAGAAGACCACGAGAGACAGAAGCGAGGGCAGGAGGAGUCCAAGCGGGUGCUGCAGGAGUUAAAGUCGGUGCUGGGGUUCAAGGCUUCCGAGGCGGAGCGGCAGAAGUGGAAGCAGCUUCUCUUCAGCGACCAUGCUAUGUUGAAAUCCCUGUCUCCUGUAGACCCAGUGGAACCUUUAAGUAAUCCCGAAACAUCCAUGAGUUCAGAUUCAGGAAAAGUUGCUAACACUGAGACUGAAGAAGAACAUAGUCAGCCCUUCCUAAAUGGCAGUGAAGUAAGCAGGACUGAGUUCUUAUGUGCUAGCCCCCUGGAGGGUGAGACCAGAGACAGCACUGCAAGCGAAGCCCUCCUUGAGGGAGCUGAAGGAAGCGCAUGCUGCCACUGUGACAGCCAGGAUGGAUCUCCCCAGGCGUGUCCAGCUCCCAAGGACUCCUCACAGCCUUCCAUCAAGCAGAGGCUGGCCCGACUGCAUCUGUCUCCAGAGUUCACCUUCACCGCCGGCCUGGCUGCAGAAGCGGCUGCAAGGUCCCUGUCCUUCACCACCACGCGGGAGCAGACUUUCGGCGACGAGGAAGAAGAGCACAUAACUGAAGAAAAUGAAAGUGAGCUAGAAGAAAAUCAAGAACCAAAAUGAAGUGAUUUUUAGGUUGUCCCUUUUACAAAGUGUUUGUGCGUGUACCAUAUAAAUAAAGCUAAGAUGGGAAUUUGCAGGGAGAAUCUUGGUCUGAACAACUGAUCUGAAAUCAACAGACACCUGUAAAUGGCAGAUCCUUAAAGAAUUUAAGAGAAAGGUAAGGGCUUCUCUUGAAGAAACUUGUUUUAUUUGUGGCACAACUGAUAAUCUUCCUAAUUCCUUAAGUCAUUUUAAUAAGAAAUGAAUGUAUCAUUUCUUACCAGAAUUUGCUACCGUAAAGUGACUAGGAUGAUUCUCUUGCAAAAAUAUUAACAUUUAGUAUGACUCCUUUUUACUGUAUCCUUGCAGUUAAUAACUGCAGCUACUAUGUCAAUAACAAGUUGUUUGUAUUUUAUUUUUGUUGAUACCAGUCUCAAAACAAAGGUACAGGUUCUGAAUAAAAAAAAUAAUUUAAUUCAUACAAUUGUUGUGUGCUGGGGUUUGGAACUUAAAAGCAGUUUCAAAAGCAUGUGAGCCGUGGCAUAUGUCAGCACCCCCUUGUUCAUCUAUGCGCUCUGUAAUGCAUUUGAAGGUGCAUUAUAGUCUUUAAAAGAAAGACCUUGUACCGUUUUAAGAAAUACCCUUUGAAUUGUUUUGUUCACUCCUGUUGCAACUAAAAGAGAUGCUGUCAAAGUGAGAUCCCUAUAAUCAAAGGCCCAUCGCCAACCUUGAAGACAUUUCCUAGAAAUAACUGUGUAUACUGCCACAAGCAGGUCACCAUGCUGCUGUUUUGUAGCCUGUAGCUUAGCAAGACUCAGGAACCUCCUCAGCUUUCUUGGACAGCUCCUUGGUAUUUCACUAUCAACUACCUCUUAAAGAGACUGCUUUCCAGACUGACCAGUCCCAUCUGUUAUGUGUUGUGAUUGUGCUUUCAAAGAGUGAUAUUUUCAGGAGUAUAGUUUCUGAAACCUGCCACUCCUGUGCACUAACGUAGUUUAUAGAUAUUGUUCGAGAGAAAUAUAAGGAAAACUCAGUUUAUGCUGCUGUCCCAGAAAGGGAAAUACAUGAUGAAUCUAGAUUAUCUUUAGACUUAAGAAACAUUCAAAUUCCCGUAACUAGUGAGGGAUUUUUUAAUGACUAUUUUUUAUCCUAAGGAAAGCCUUCUGCUUUGUAUGUAUAGCUUUUAUACCCUCAUUGAUUUUUCCUUUUGCCAAAAUUCUGCGGCUUAACAAUAUUAAUAUCUUAGAAGCAAUACUUUAGGUUGGAUACUGUUAGAAAUAAGUAAAUUUCAAGAUAAGCUGUGGAGUCCAUCAUUUAUAAGUAACAAUGCCUUCUUUUUUAUUUUUACUUCUGGAAUAUUUCAUUUAUUUAUUUGAGAGAGAAAAAAUGGGUGCGCCAGGGCUUCCAGCUGCUCCCAACUCCAGAUGCAUGUGCCACUGUGUACAUCUGGCUUAUGUGGGUCCUGGGGAAUAGAACCUGGGUCCUUUGGUGUUACCUUAACUGCUACACCAUCUCUCCAGCUCUGUUUUACUUUCUUAAAUGACUUACUUUGCUAACUCCAUUUUUUCUUGGUUAUUUUUUGGGGGGGGGGAGGGGAGUCUUUUUUUAUUUGAGAGAGAGAAUUGGUGCACUAGGGUCUCCAGCCACUGCAAUCAAACUCCAGACACGUGUGCCAC